AUGGCGCAAAAGCAGCCCCACUUUCUCCUCGUAACCUACCCUGCUCAAGGUCACAUAAACCCUACCCUCCAGUUUGCCAAGCGUCUUAUGCGAAUUGGCGCUCGUGUCACCUUUGCCACCAGUGUCUCUGCCACCGCCAUGACCAAAUGCUCUACAUCCGAUGACUUGUCAUUGGCUGCUUUUUCUGAUGGUUACGAUGAUGGGUUCAAUCCCCAACAUCAUGAUGUCUCACACUAUAUGUCAGAGAUCAAGCGUCGUGGCUCCCAUAUCGUAACGGAUCUCAUCCUCGCCAGCGAAAAGGAGGGUCACCCUUUUACUUGCUUGGUUUACACUCUACUUCUGCGUUGGGCCGCCGUGGUGGCUCAUCGACUUAACCUUCCUCUGGCGCUGCUUUGGAUUCAACCUGCCAUGGUUUUCGAUGUCUAUUACUAUUACUUUUACGGUUAUGGUAAUAUGAUUAAACAGAACGCAAAAAAAGGCUCAUGUUUAAUAGAGUUACCAGAGCUACCAUCACUCAGUAGCUGUGAUCUUCCUUCUUUUUUACUCCCUUCAUAUAAGUACCCUCAUGCAUUAGAGUCAUUUCAAGAGCAAAUGGAGGCUCUUCAUGAAGAAAGCAACCCGAAAAUACUCGUUAACACAUUCGAUGCAUUAGAAUCUGAAGCGUUAAUAGCUAUUGAUAAAUUCAACAUUAUAGCGGUCGGACCUUUGAUUCCAUCUGCAUUUUUGGAUGGAAAAGACCCAUCCGAUACUUCAUUUGGAGCGGAUCUAUUCCGUGGUUCUUAUAUUGAAUGGCUAAACUCAAAGCCCAAGUCAUCAGUAGUUUAUGUGUCGUUUGGAAGUCUGAUCGUGUUGGAAAAGCAACAGAUGGAGGAGAUUGCACGUGGGUUGCUCGGUAGUGCCCACCCAUUCUUGUGGGUCAUAAGAGAAAAUCAAAAUGAAGAGGAAGACAUGGAAGAAGAUAAAUUGAUGAGUUGCAGAUCUAGAGAAGAACUAGAGCAACAAGGGAUGAUAGUGCCGUGGUGUUCACAAGUAGAGGUAUUGUCAAACCCAACGAUAAGAUGUUUUGUAACGCAUUGUGGAUGGAACUCAACGCUGGAGAGCUUGGCGUGCGGUGUGCCCCUGGUGGCGUUUCCUCAAUGGAUGGAUCAAGCGACAAACGCUAAACUGAUUGAAGAUAUUUGGAAGACGGGAGUGAGAGAGAACGAAGAAGGGAUAGCUAAAAAUGAUGAGAUUAAGAGGUGCUUGGAGUUGGUGAUGGGAGAAGGAGCGAAAAGAGAAGAAUUGAGAGAAAAUGCCAAGAAAUUGAGGGAUUUGGCAAGAGAAGCUGCCAAUGAAGGUGGGUCUUCGGAUACGAAUCUCAAGGCUUUUGUGGUGAUGUGGCUCCUUAUUUGUCACGGUGGAAGUCAGCUUAAGUGUUAA